AUGGCAUCCGGACUGGCCUAUCGCCUUGACCGGCCCAGUCGGAAUUUUCUUGAUAUCCACUCCGCGCCACGCGAGCGCCUUGAAAGCGCCGUGAGGCUUUACCGAGCCCGAUGUCAAAAGCCGCAGCGACUGCAUUGCCAGCCGCCACUGCCGCUGCACCAACAUGCACAGUCUAUGUGGAGCUCACUGCCGCUGGAGAUCGUCCGCAUGAUCUUCCUGAACCUCAACAUGAUCGCCCUUGGUGCCUUACGGCUGGUCAACACCACGAUCCACCACCAGGUGGCCGCGGCUCUCUUUGAAUCUCGUCUUCUCCGUGACCACGCAGCCGAGGCCCUCCAAGCACUGGACCUGGCCCAGUGUACGCACUACUUCUCAAUCGAACAGCUGUAUCACGAAUUCUGCCAUCCCCGGUGCCGGACCUGCGCCAACUUCGGCCCCUACCUCUACCUUCCAACCCUCUCGCGGGGGUGUUUUCCGUGCCUGAUGAAGCACGGCCGCUACCGCGUCGCCUCCCUCGAGGACAUCCUCCAGUUCUACCGGCUGCCCCUCGAAGACUGGUGCCAUCUCCCGGUCAUCUACACCGCGUUUGACCUGCUGGGCAAGUAUCCGAUGACGGAGCGGAUGCUCAUCGACAUCACGCAGGCCGAAGCCCUGCACAAGCAGCGCGGCAGCCCCCCACCGGCGCGCGAGGGCUCCACGUACCAGAGGUAUUAUGGCUUGACCUUCAACUGCCGGCUGGCGUCCACGGUGGCCUUCCCCUACUGGGACGCGCACGCCCGCGCGGCCGAGCCCGGGGCCUACUGCCUGGGGUGUACCGCCUUCUGGGAGCGAUCUCGCCUGAAACGCCGCGUGGACCCCCGAACCUGGGAGCAGUACUAUGCAUGGGCAGCCAGAUCGCCGGGCCACGGCGCCGUCGAUCGCGCAUUUCGCGUCCCGGAGCUGCAGCAGCACUUCCAGACGUGUCCGCAUGUGGUCAGGCGGUUUGCACACAAAGACGAGGUGGCGCGGAGGUUUAACGCCCCCAUUGGGCGCGUCUUUCGCGUGCCGACGCCUCCUCGUCAUCGUCAUGGUGGUGCUGGUGGUGCUGGUGGUGGCAGUGAGGGUCGAGCUGCUUUGAGACGUCUUGGUAGCCAGGCCGCGCUGGUUCUUGGCUGGUUGGUUGGCUCCUCUCAGAUAGCCUCGCAUAGCUGA